CAGUCUAGAAUAGGGAAAAUCGGGGAAUUACACUGUGAAACAGCAAAUUGUGCAGUGGCGUUAUUGUGAAUUGGCGUAAACUGAGGGCUACCUGUAUAGUUUUAGGGAAGUGUGGGGGCUCGUCCCCACCCAAGAGCUUAGGUGCGAUUAAUGGUGAGCACUGAAGCACCACGACUAAGUGCAAAGCAUGUGGAAUAGGCAGUACAUCAAUAUGUGUUAAAAACUGAUCUUUGGAGGUGAAAGUCUUGCAAAGGGUCAACAAUUCUGGGAUAGUGCAAAACCCUUCAUUCAGAGUUUGAAUCUUACUCCUUGCUGUAUGUAUUGGCUGGUAUCCCGUUAAUGGGAAAAACCCAAAUCGGUUCACCAUCUUGCUCAUGUUUUAGGCCGAAAUACUCCAUCUUGCUAUUCCAACACACUAGAGUUUAUGGUGAUUUGAUUAAUUGCAGUGUAUCUUGUAGAUGCCAAGACAAAAAUAAGUUUAGAAAAAGCAGAGACUAUUCAGAUCAUUACAAAUAUAUAACAAUGGAUUUUGAUGAUUAUGUGGUUAAUGAAUCAAGUGAAGAAGAAAGUGAUAAUUCAGAAAGUUCUGAUGAUGAGCUCCAGACUUUCAUAAGAGAAGAAUAUGGUAUUAAAAAAGAAAACAAUAUUCAUGAUUUUGAAAAUGAAAUGGAAGAGGAACUUAAUAAACAAAUAAAAAAUGCUGAAGAAACAAUUAUGAAUAAAAAUUUGGAACAAUCCAGUAUAAUUAAUGAUCAUUCGGAUGAUAAAGUAUUAGGAAAAAAUGGCAAAUCUACAUCACCAUCAAAUGAUGACCUUCUUUAUGAUCCUAAUAUGGAUGAUGAUGAUCAAGUUUGGAUAGAUAAUCAAAGAAGACUAUAUACAUUUCCUAAUUGUAAUAAUAAUUGCAACCAAAAACCUUUGCCCAAUAGUGAUGCUGUUUUAAAUUGUCCUGCUUGUCUUUCUUUACUUUGUCUUGAUUGUCAGAGGCAUGAAAUUUAUAAAUCUCAGUAUCGUGCUAUGUUUGUUAAAAACUGUAGUGUGGAUACAAGUCAGAAAUUAUAUUAUCCUAUCAAAGGAAAAAAGAAGACAGCUAAUCAAAACAUGCAAGAUGAGUAUUAUUCUGUCAACUGUUCAAUCUGUAAAACAGCUGUAGCUGUUUAUGAUAAAGAUGAAGUGUAUCAUUUCUUUAAUGUUAUCAGCAGUUUUGCUUGAUUGACUUAAUGAUCCAAUCAUUUGUAUAUUUUCCAUGUAUUGUAAACUGUAAAUAUGUAAUUAAAUGGAAUAAUUGAAUUGUAUAUGAAUCAUAGAUUGUAAUAAUUUUACAGGAUGACUGAUCAUUAGCAGUGUUGCCAAGUCCAGGAAGAGUGAAACCCUAGAGGAGAUUAAAAAAUACCAUAGAAUUCCUCCAAACUUUUAAAAAUUUCCCUAAAAACAUCAGUUGCACAAAAAUAUUUAUUUUAGUAAAGGAUCUGACAUGUUAAAUUGUUGCAGAAAGUUUAUAUUCGUUUUAAUCCAUUACAAAUUAUCAAAAACAAUAAUUACAUCAUUGAUUUUUCUUCGAAAGUAUUGUUUUUUGACGAAAUAUGAUCAUACAUGUUCUGAUUAAAUUUUUCUAGCAUACAUGUUGACUGAAAAUUGACAUAACUUAUUUCAUUCCUUAUUAGAUAAUAUCUUCUUGCUAGAAUUGCUUGACACAUAUUAAAACACAAUCUAUUUCUCAAUUUGUCUUUUACAAUUGAAUGCAGAGAAAAGGCUCUUUCCACAGAUGCAUUUGAAACAAACACAAACAUGUCAUUGCUAAGUCAACAAUGUUUUGAUUUCUCCGAUUUCCUGCAGCAUUAGUGUCCACUUUAAUCCUAAAAUCAGUUGUGUUACUUGUUCAUCUGGGUUUUGUUUGAUAUGUUUUGCUAUUCAUUUUUUUUCUAUUUUCUUUAAAAUGAAUGGUGAUAACAAGUUUGCAAUUGAAAUGAGCAAUUAUUAAUUGUGUCAUUGUCACAAUGCCAGGCUGAAAUUUU